AUUACCUCCCUGAAUCCUACUUCUUGGUGGGAAAGUUUCAUUUGAAUUAAAAAGUCAAAUGACAGGUUUUAUUGGGGUUCAUAUAGGAGCAGGAUGUCAUUCUGAAAAACUUCAAACUCGUUAUGAAAGAAUAUGUAGACUUGCUUGUAAAAAAGGUAUAGAAGCUAUACGAAGUGGAAAGUCAGCAGUUGAUGCAGUUGCCAUUGCAACUGUAGUCCUAGAAGACUCUCAGUAUACAAAUGCAGGCUUAGGCUCAAGUCUUACCUGGGAUGGUGGGGUUGAGUGUGAUGCAUCUCUUAUGGAUGGUGAUAAACUUGGAUUUGGGGCAGUGGGAUCAGUUUCUAGAAUAAAAAAUCCCAUACUUGCAGCUCAUCGCCUUUGCUUAGAUCAGUACAACCAACUCUCAUUGAAUAGAGUUCCUCCUUGUUUUCUGGUUAGUACUGGAGCUGAAAAAUGGGCCCUUGAAAAAGGAUUGGAAAUUGUUGAACCACACUCCUUAAUUACUGAAAAGUCUGUUAAAGUGUUUAAGAAGUAUAAGAAGAGAGCAGAGUUAUCUUCCGGGCGAAAUGAAGGAGAAUCAAAGGUAGGUGUCACCAGCAAAUUACUUGAUACAGUUGGUGCUAUUGUGGUGGAUUCCGAAGGUAGAGUUGCUGCUUCUUGUUCCAGCGGGGGUAUUGUUUUGAAGCAUCCUGGACGAGUAGGACAGGCCGGAACUUAUGGUUGUGGUUGUUGGGCACAAAACUAUGGGACAGGACGUUCUGUAGCUACUUCUGUUACUGGAUGUGGAGAAGACUUAAUCAAGACAUGUCUUGCCAGAGAAGCAGCUAAUUCCCUAAUACAUUCUGCUCAUGCCACAGUUGCUAUUAAUAAUACCAUCAGAUCUUUUCUUGAUUCUCCUUUCUUGGGAAAGUUCUCAGAAAGACUUUGUGGGAUUAUUGCUAUUGAAUCAGAGAGUACUGGAAGAGGCGAAUUUACCUGGGGGCAUACAACACCUUCAAUGGCCAUAGGUUUUAUGUCUGUUGGCCAACGAAUUCCAAAAAGUCAUAUAAGCAGAUUACCCCUUGGUGCAAACCCAGGUAGUACUGUGAUAAUUGAAGGAACUCCAGUGUGAUACUGAUAUUCUACUAUCAUCUCUAAGAGAACGUUCUAGGGAUUGGGAGUCAACUUGUGAUAUUCUUAUUUUAUUCUGAGCUUGGACUUAAUAGUGUUUAUCUUUUAAUUUCUAAAAUUGAAAAUGAGACAUUUUCUCUAUUUGUGCCAGCAAAAGUUAAGAUUUUUAGUUUGGUUCAGCCAUUUACUACGUUCUUUUUACUGAACCAUAAAUUUAUUACUUGAUACAAAUUAUGUCUGUAUAUAGUUUGUUUUUUCAAUUAAAUAUGACGAAAAUUUUGCUGAGCUUAAUUUGUGUUAGUAAUUGAUGAUUUUAUAACAGAUAAAGAUACAAUAACAAUUACAACAUAA